ACCUUUUUAAAAAUGACAAUAAUUACAGAGUAGGUGUCAACAUGUACCUGUGUUACCUGAGAAAACGAGUUAGCAAAUUACAUGUGGUAUAUUUCUAAAAAAUUUAACUACAUCACAUAGAAUAAUAGUGAAUGUACACAUUUCAUGAUAGACUGGAAUGGGUUCACUUUGAACCAAGAACAAAUGGGACUAUAUAUGAAAAGUUAACUCAUGGUAAGAGUUAUUUGAAACUAGUAACUAGACCAAUGUUUUGUAGAAGUGAAAUACUUUGAAUUCAAAAGGUUCAAAAUUAAUUAUUCAUAGAUGGAUGAACACCUAAAGUAAAAAUAUUUGGAGGAUUUUGUUUAUUCUAAAGAAGUACUAUUACUGUAUGACUGAAGUUAAAUAUGAAAAGAAUCUUAUACAAAAUAGAGAAAGUGGAGCACAGACACAUUAGAUGCAGCUGUUGCUCGUAUAUUUGGAAAUUUAGAAUGAUAGCAUACAAUAUUAGGAGCCACAAUAGGCUAUAAUCAAAUGGUACAUGUUAAGAUAUAGACUAAAAACGAUAGUAUAUAUUAAGGUCCUCUUCCCGAAGAACAUACCAUUGGAUAGGAGGAACGUAAUUGCCGAGUGAGGAUUUUCAACUAUCGUAAGUUGACAUAUAAAUCUAUAUCGAGAAAGCAACGAUAUCACUUUUAGUUUCGUUGGAAAAUCAGUGACCCUGAGCAAAAUCAAACGAUUGGAAAGUGUAUAAAGAAGUUGUUGCCAGUUGUCUAAAUGGGUAUAUGCAUUAGUGUUGGGAGGAGGACUCAUGGGUUCAGUUGUUUGAGUCUUCAUGAGGCAGCUAUACGAGGACAUGUAGAUUGCCUCGUCUUCCUCCUAGAACUGGGUAAUGGCGUAAACGCUCUGCAACCAGAAAAUGGUAAAAGCCCACUAGACCUUGCCAUCCAGUACCACAGGGAUGAGUGUACAAAGGAGAUCCUCAGCCGAGGAGGUCGAAUGGGUGGAGAUAUACUCAUCGACUUGGAUAAUAUACAAAGACCUAUCACUUGUCAACAGAAUGAGAAUCUAGAAACUAUACUUUAUGGAAAUCAAGAAACCGAACGCUAUGGUUUCCAUGGUGACACUGAACAUAUGGAUAUUCAAAACGUGGAUGCUGGAAGAUACAAACACCUUCUCGCUAGAUCAUAUUGGUUGAAUACAAAAGAUGAUUGCGCAGGGUUGGUCUCAACGUUACACAUGAUGACCGCAGAGGAAGAGCUUAUAAAUGGACGUCAGAUGAAACCGAGCGCCAGUAAUAGAUAA